AUGAGCCACGACACUUUGUACCCAGACUCUGAUUCAGACUCUGGGUCGGAGUCAAACUCGGGACUGGGGAGUAAGAUCUGCGAUAGUUGGAAGACGAGCCAAUACUACAACGGCGCAGAAAAGCAUUACCUACCAAGGGGCGUCCUCCAGCGACUAAUAACUCAUGAAACGGUUUACAAUGAAAUGAAUGUUGAAAGAGCACCAAGGAAUGAAUCACUGGUGGACUUCAUUGUCAAUAGAGCAAAUAAAGUCUUUGCACUUACUUGCUCAAUCGUCAGUGGGAAGGAUUUAUACAAGGCAAUGAAGGCGUUCCACGCUAAUAACUUUGACAACGAAAGUCUUCCGGUUGAAAGAAAGAUGCCCAUUGAUGGUGACGGACACAACAGCACCUCUGCAGACCUAAGAUGCGGGAUGUUCAACUCAGAGGCUUUUAAACCUAAGCUAUGGACAUCACUGAGGUUGUUCGACUUUUACCAGAAGCAAUGGCAGUUUCUCGCACCAGCCUUCGACGACAAGAACUUCAUUUAUGAAUUGGACGUGAGGCUAAUACUGCCAUUCAAACUUGUAAAAAGCGAGGCGAAGCAGGGUACUUUCGGAGAGAUAUACCAGGUGGAAAUACACCGCGAGCAUUUGAGCGACUCCCUAUUUAAGAGCAAUGGCGGAAGAACCAAUGUUGCCGUAAAAGAAAUCAAGACCGGCCCUUCAAUGCAGGACGACGCGGCCGAGGCGUUCAAUAUCGAAGCUAAUGCGUUAUCGAAUUGCCGGCAUGUUAAGCACCCGAACAUGCUCCCGUGCAUUGCAGCUAUCAAAAUGGGCUUGUCACACUAUUUCCUUUUUCCAUGGGCUGACGGGGGCAAUCUUCGAGACUUUUGGCAAAACGAAGCCUCUCCCAAAUUGUCUUCCAACCUCAUGAUGGAUGUUCUCCAGCAGCUUUGCGGGCUCUCAGAGGCUCUGGAACUACUUCACGGCUAUGUCUCUCAGGCUCAGACUGGCCCAAGCACCGCCCGUGAGGAAGGGGGCGGAAUUCGACAUGGGGACCUCAAACCAGAGAACAUUCUGCGGUUUAGAAGUUCUACACCAUCAGACCUUGGGACUCUGAAGAUAGCGGAUAUGGGUCUAGCCAAACACCACGAAGUUAGCACGAGACUUCGUCAGAAUAUGACGAGCACCAAAUACGGCACGCUCCGCUACGAGCCCCCAGAAACGGCAGUCAACAAAACUCAAGCCACGUCGCGGCUCUAUGAUGUGUGGUCUAUGGGCUGCAUUAUUCUUGAAUUCAUCGUAUGGCUCCUAGAUGGCCAAGAGGGUCUGGAUAACUUCAACGAUUCUAUCCGUGGAGGCGUCAAACAUGAUUAUGAUCCUCCUUACUACACGACCCGUGGAGCCGCUUAUCAGAUGGAUGCGUUUGUCCACCCGAUUGUCAAGCAACAACUUGAUGAUCUUUCACGGCGCACUGAAGCCCAGGCCAACGGAUCAGCACUCGGGGACCUGGUGACUAUCGUCAAAGAAAGGCUUCUCAUCGUCGAUCUUCCAUUAGAAGACAGAAAUACCCCAGAACCAUCUGAACACAUCCAGGGACCCAGAAUUACCCAUACCAGUUCACCCUCCGACGAGGAAUCAGGCACACCACGUCGGGUGACGGCAAGAUACUUGAGACAAUCGCUGACCCAGAUCUUGGAUAGGGCUAAAAAAGAUUCGAAAUACCUGUUAUCAGGACCCAUACUGCAACCACGACCGCUUACGACCAUUCCAUUUAGAACUGACAGCAGCAGUAGUUUGCACCCGGACAUGGCCAAGAGGAUGGUACAAAGAGAGAAACCAGCGACUAGUCUUGCUAUCACCCAGAUGAAAGGAAAUCCGCGAGUUUACAAUAAUAGCAUUAUGACUGACUGGAAUCAGCACGAUAUUGACAUCAAAGUCUGGGACUUUAUCGUCGACAAUGAGUUUGCCAAGAAGUUUCUUGGGUCAUCUUCCACCAGGCCAACGCCAACAAUUGCCAAUGUAAACAAACGUGACACGCUCUGCAGAAAAUGCGAGGCAUUAGACUUUUGGGCACCCGAUUUCAGAAUCCGUGACAGACUAGCUGAUUUCAAAAACGGAGUGCAACACUGUUGCUGGUGCACAAUGAGAUGGGAAGCUUCCAAACAUCUUGAAGGAACGACCGAAAGUGUCGUCUUCAGUAGAGUUGGCUCGGUGAUCAAAUUGAACGAGAGUGAUCCUCCUGUCUUCUCUAUAUUCAAGUCUGAGGGCUUUGAAACGCCUUCGCCUAUUCAGAUUGGACGACCUACACUUCGUACCAGCCCGCGGGAAGCAGACCAUUUCGGCCUCAUCAAGCGAUGGCUGCAGGUGUGUGAUGAAAACCAUGAUGCUUGCAGACGAGACUCGCGGCGAAAGGAAACUACAUCUCCUCAUAUGUCUGCCUACGAGGUGGAUUCAGUUGAGUCGGUAGUCUCCCGCGACCUCCAAAGUCGCAAAGGAACUCAGUUGCCGACAAGACUUCUUGACGUUGGAACAGAGGAUAGUCCUAAGAUCCGUCUUUGCAAUACUCAGAAGGAGAAAAUCCCUGUCGAAGUCAAGUAUAUUGCUCUCUCGCACCCGUGGGGAGAAGCUACUGUCUUGAACCCACACUUUUGCACUACUACUUCUAGUGCGAUGGCUCACUCAGUUGAGAUCAAUUUUGAGGCGCUUCCGAAUACUUUCAAGGACGCUAUCUGUACUGCUAGGGCCUUAGGAGUUCAGCAUCUUUGGAUUGACUCCCUUUGUAUCAUUCAAGGCCCUGGUGGCGACUUCAACAUUGAAAGUAGCCGCAUGGAGCAAGUGUUCAGCUCAGCGUACUGUGUCAUUGCGGCCAGUCGUGCUUUAGGACAGCAUGAUGGGUUCCUCAAGGACAGAAUCCAAUCAUCCGAAAACGACUACGCGACUUUUUCAUAUGGAAACAACGCACCAUUUUAUGUCAGUCGUUACUUAGACGACUUCAAUAACGACGUUUUGGAAGGAUCACUGAACAAGAGAGGCUGGGUUCUUCAAGAGCGUGCUCUUGCCCGAAGGACUAUAUAUUUUACUGAGAAGCAGACAUAUUUCGAAUGCGGAGAUGGGGUUAGAUGUGAGACACUGACCAAGAUGAACAACCAACUUGCAGCCCUUCUAGGCGACCCAAACUUCCCUCAAAAGGCCAUUGUUUCGCCAAUAGCUCCACAAGAAACUACACGAGGGCAGAGAAUCCUAUACUAUCAAGAUCUCUACAAGACCUACUCCAAACUGGGCUUCAGCCAUUGGGAAGACCGCUCUGUGGCCAUGAAUGGGUUGGAGCAAAGACUGGCUUGGGGCUUCAAAUGUCGAGGAAAGUUCGGUAUCCUAGGUGACUCCAUUCAACCAGAUCAUAAGAGCCUUCUACACAGGAGUUUACUUUGGAUUCGUGCUAUCAACAAAGGCUCUCUACGCAAGAUUGCAUUCCCUCCCCAUCGAGAAAAAGUACCCACCUGGUCGUGGAUGGCCUUUCAAGGAGAAAUCGAUUACCUCAGCGUGCCUUUCGAUCAAGUGAACUGGGACGCAGAGUUCAAGUCACCAUGGCAGGCUAUGGAAACCAAAUCCACAGGCCGUUCUGGAACACCCUCUAUUCGAGCAAGAGCAUAUCGGCUAUCUGUUCGGGAGACUUCAUCAGAUGUCAAUCUGGUGUUCAACUCUCGAGGCCAAUCACAUCCACCCAUUUCCAACGCGCUAUGCGUGGUCGUCGGAACGGCAAGGGGACUUGUUCCUGAAGAGAGUCGAAUCCAUUAUGUGCUACUUAUUCGUCGAUCAGGCUCGAUGGGUUCUUCGAUGAACGCUGAGACUUGUGAAAGGGUUGGUGCAGGGAGCCUGCCUCGGAGGUUCAUUGACUUCCAACACCCUGGAUACGAUGUUGCAAUUUUUUGA